AAGCCUUUUAUAGGCAACAAUGCCUAAUACGUCAAAAUCGGAUUAGUAGUAGAGCCCCCAUAGAAAAUUAUAAAAAAACAAAAGUGAACAUCUCGUUGGUAAUAGCAAUAACCGCACUCUCGAUUCAAGGCGACAAGAUAUCGAUUUAGGAAUCCAGGGGGCGAAAAGAUGGACCAACAGACGAAAUCCGCGGGUCGAGUUCGUAACACUUCGCUGAAUUUGGAAAACCAGCUAAUCGGCGGCAAAUAUCGGGUGGUGAGGCCAAUAGGAUCUGGUUCCUUCGGAGAUAUAUAUCUUGGAUUGAGCCUGAAGGAUGCCACUGAGGUGGCCAUCAAGGUGGAGACGACCGACACCAAAUAUCCGCAGCUGAUGUACGAGGCGAAGGUUUACGAACAGCUGAUCCGCAGUCCAGGAUUCCCAGCACUUCUUCACUAUGGCAAGGAAAAGCAGUUCAAUGCCAUGGUGAUAGAGCUUUUGGGUCCUUCCCUGGAGGAGCUCUUCAACGUUUGCAAGCGCCGAUUCUCACUGAAAACCGUCAUAAUGCUAACCGACCAACUUCUAAUGCGAUUGGAGUGCGUUCAUGACCACGGAUUUAUCCAUCGGGACGUGAAACCCGAUAACUUUCUUAUGGGUCUGGGCAACCACUGCAGUAAGCUGUACCUCAUUGAUUUUGGUCUUUCCAAGAGGUACAGGGAACGCGAAUCGGAGGUACAUAUCCCAUAUCGCAGGGAUCGCAAUCUUACGGGCACCGUUCGCUAUGCCUCCAUAAAUGCCCAAAUGGGAGUGGAGCAAUCUCGACGCGAUGAUCUGGAAUCCCUGUGCUACUGCGUCAUGUACUUUAAUCUGGGAAAAUUACCCUGGCAGGGAAUCACAGCUGUCAACAAGAAGCAAAAGUAUGAAAGGAUAUUGGAGAAAAAGAAUAGCGUUUCGAUUUCAGAACUAUGCAAAGGAUUUCCCUCCGAGUUUUCUCUGUUUAUGAGCUAUGUUCGAAAUCUUCGCUUCAAGGAACCUCCAGAUUAUGUUUACCUACGCCAACUUUUCCGCAUACUCAUGCGUUCUCUUAAAUAUGAAAACGAUUCCAUUUUCGAUUGGACACAGCUGCAGCAGCAAAAGGAGCAGUUGCGCCGAAACAAGGAAAGGGAGCAGGAGGUGAAUCGGGAUCGAGAUGUGGAGCGUCGCCGGGAAAAGGAGCGUCUUAGGCAGCGGGAACAGGAUCAUGUCCGCAGGACAUCCACCCAACAAGCAGAACGAUCCUUUGGACGCCUCACAAGCAGAUUUGAUCGCAUUGGCGAUGGAGCCAAACGAAAGUAAACAACUAUCUGUAUCAUAUAUCAAAAUUAGUUCCAUUUAAAAGUUAUGCGGUUCACGUUGGAAUCCCA